AUGUCUUCGACUAUCACUACCACGACGACUUCACUGUCUGUUCUUGCCGACUAUGAAGUCCACCACAGCGGCGAGGAGAAUGUUCCUACAGUGAAUCACUCUCAGCCUCAGCCAGGUCACCCAGACUGGCCAACCCAUCAUCGCCGUAUACCAGCUUAUCGACCUGCGAAUCGAGAAAUGGAUUUGACGCAGCGGCCGGCCGGGAACGGACAUCCUGCGGAGUUUGCUUUUAUUCAAGUCAUGUUGCAUGGUGUGUGGCUCAACGCGGUUGGUGGGGAGUGGUGA